AUGUCUCUCGACGAUAAUACAUACAGCGCGAGCACCCUUACCCUAUUAGAUGAAUAUGCGUUCAAGAGCGAUCCUCUCGCAAUGAUAAACAACACUGAGCUAGGGACAAACAUCGAGUUGAAGCCUCAUGCAAAGGCUAUUCUUUUGGACGUGGGAUCUGGCUUAGAGACAGCUGGUUUGCCAAAUGGUGUACGUUACAUAGCGGCUGCCAUCGUAGUGGCCUAUCAGAAGGGAGAAGUGUCCAACUCCUCUGUACCCGAGUUAAUGAAGUUGGAGCAUGAUUGGUUUUUCUUCUUUCUCUGGCCUUUCAGGAGAGCCUUCAUACCUGGCGGCUCUCCACAAUCCGAGUCCUCUGAGUCCACUCCCGCUCUCCGUGCUUCCGAAGUCGUUGCUGAUACUGUGCCCACAACAUCAUGUAUUGUUCACGAGCAUUCCGGAUGCAAUCGAAUCGCGGGCAUGAUCGACAUCAUUAAGCAUUUUACCAAGCUCCUUGAGAAGAUCAUGGACGACCUAGCUGGUAUCGCCGAUAAUGCAGAAAAUGGAAUAUUACUUGAUACGACAAUGCAUGAUACAUUCAACAGCUAUAUGUGGUGCCCACACCUCACAUGCACUGGUUCCGUCCCGACUCUCGUCCCUAUGGGUAUGGGGAAUUUCCAGGAUUACUCUCAAACUGGCAUUCCGCUUCCCAGCCCCACGUACAUUGCGCUCCAUUGUGCAGUUCCCCAUGUCCUACACCUCAGUGGGGCUGCAGAAGUCAUCAACACGGUUUAUGAUAUGUCCUUCAAUGAAUGUUCUACGGCGCCAUCUGAAAAUCGUUUUAGCAAGUUUUUCUCAUCAGACUCUCGUUGA